UUUAGUUCAGUUUUGAUACAGCAGGAGAGGGACGGGAUGGAACGCUUUGUUGCUCUUUUACUCCUGGUGUCAGGAAUACCAGAGGGGUUGGAGGCUCGGAGCUUCAAGAGGUUGACGGAGACAAUAUCGGUAGAGAAUGGAACUUUGACAAGAGGAGUAAUUGAAGAUGGACCCUUUGGAGGGAAUGGUGGAGGAGGAUGGACAGAUGGAGGAGAGGUUCAUCUUAACGGUCAUCCUUCUGCUCUUGAUGUUAGGACGGGUUCAAAAUUAGACGCUCUCCGUAUCCGGUAUGGAGAUGUAUACGGUGACUGGCAUGGUGGAGGUGGAGGUAGUCCUCACUCCUGUGAGUGGGAUGCUGGAGAUGAAGUGUUCAUUGUUCAGGGUCGUGCCGGCUCAGAAAUAGACGAGAUCGAAUUCAUCACUUUAGGAGGUCAGAUAUGUGGACCUUUCGGAGGAGGAGGUGGGGGUACCUGGGUAUCUACCCAUCCUGGAUGUGUCCUAGAGUACCUUUCAGGAAACUCUGGUAGCAGGAUUGACAGCCUUACAAUUCACUGGAGCUGCGAAACUAUGUAAAUACAACUGCUCGAAAAUUUAUAAAAUGUUUAAAAAUAUAAUCUUUCUAGCUAAUUGUUUUUAGUUAGAAAAAAGUUAAAAAAUA